AACGCCUAUGUGUACUCGGCCUUCGCGGAGCCGGGAGUGAAUGGCGCCUACGAUGUCGUGGUCCUUGGCGUCACAGAUGUCCACUACCCGGCGACGCUCUACUGCCAUUUAGGAGACACUAAGACCAAGAAGAUGCUGAAAGGGAGGAGAGAGUUACUUCCGGAAAGUCAUGGUAACAGGUAGACAGUUCUGGGAGGGGAUUCGCUAGAAAUUAAGGGCGGGUUUUGGUGGGGCAGCAGCUGGGAGAUGUUGGAGAUCUGUCCGAUUAAAAUUUCCAAUUGCCAGAUUUCUUUGGUCACGCGCGGGCGAAAGUUGGUGUGUGUGGCGCACGAGCAUGCAUGGUCUCUUUUGAUCUGGAUAAAACGUCUGCAAUUUCAGUUUGCUGGCCAGGUAGUCACAAAACCCGAUUCAAAUGGAGUGAAAAUUCGUGUCAUCCUAAGAGGGACACAUCUAAACAAUGGCAAAAACACAUACCUAAGGGACGCUUCACAUAUUCCUACGUGUCGGCCCAUCAUAUGUCAAGUGAUCCCAAAAGAGAUUAUCACCACUUAAUUUAAACUGCCCAGCGUCUAAUAAAAUCAAUUGUAACUUUAAGGAGAGUAAACUGCUCGUUGACAAUAUGGACACGCUUAAUCUGGCGGGCUGGUCAGUUGAAGUAAAAUAGUUGAAGGCCUAAAAAAAAAUAAGCACCCACUCUAGUAUAAAUAGUUGAAUGUCUUAAAAGACAAGCACCCAAUCUUACAAGAAUAUUUCAACCUUCGAAUAUACGUGUGUCCACCUUCUCACACCCUGCCCGCCUCAGUUUAUACCUUAAUCCGAUUAAAAUAUGAUAAUGAAUCGUCAAAAAUGGAUCAUUUAUAUACAUAUGUAUAUAUUUAUUUAUUUUAAAAAUAUGUUAACAUAUUUUUUUCCCCAAAAUUUACUUGUAUUCACAGCACCGGCGCCGUUAGUUUUAUCUGUUCCUACAAGUCCAGGAUUGCCCCCGUCGUAGUGUCCUUAACCUUCAAGUCAACCGACGUGCCCACCAAUGAGGUGCGGAUUGCUUAUCCUAAAACAUUGCGUCGCAACGUCACCACGUGCUACGCCGUCCUGUUCAAUUACUUGCGCCCGCUUCAGUUGAUCCAGUCCAUCGAGAUGAACCGCGUCCUGGGCUCCCAGCACUUCUUCGUGUACAACCACAGCGUCUCCAACACGACAGACGCCGUGCUGCGUCACUACCAGAGACUCGGGCUCCUCACCGUCCUGCAGUGGCCGCUGCCUCCUUCGGACAUCUGGUACCACGGCCAGGUUCUGGCCAUCAACGACUGCAUCCACAGGAACAAGUUCGUGUCGAGGUUCGUCGCUGUGCAAGACACGGACGAGCUCAUCAUACCCAACAACCAUAAUACGUUUACGGAAGUCAUCGAAGCCGCUGACCUCGAGGCCAAGAUGAUUAAAACGACGCCCGGAAACAAUUUCAAAAAGCACGUAGGGACCUAUGUGUUUGAAUCGGCGCUGCACUUCGCCAUCCCAGAUCUGUCCGCCUGGCGGGUAGCUUCGCGAGAAUUCUCGGUUCUGCAACAGGAAGAAGACUUAAUGUUUAAAUACUGUAUCACACCAUUUCUUCACCUCCAGCGGCUGGACAGGAUAUUUACAUUUAACUACAGAACAAAGGCGAUCGUUCGACCAGAGUUGGUCAAGUACGCAGGGAUCCACUUCACCCAUCAGCACAAGGAUCAUGCUACGACCCUGGUUGUCAGCAAAGACCUGGCGAUUUUACAUCACUACAACCCUCAU